GGAGAUGGGCCCUGCCGGAGCCUCCCUCCUCCACGCUGGCCUCUCGGAGUACAGGCAACACUCAGCUCACGCCCUUCCCAAAUGUAUUCUCUGGGAACAGGCCCAAGCGAUCCAGCACACAUCAGAACGGAAGGAAGGCAGUUCGGCCACAGCAGGAAGAGAGGGCUUGAAGGAACCUCACAGACCAUAGGACAGCCCUUCCUGAGGCUCAACGAGGGGUCACCCCCAGAAGCCCCAGGAAUGCUGGGCUGCAGGAGGGGCUGGGGGGAGCCAGUACCAGGCGUUCUCUGCUCCAGGCCCUGGUCAUCCCCUGGGUCAGUAGCCCUUUUGUUUAAGUGCCUGGUGGGGCUGACUCGGCCGUUCCUGGGAGCACAGCUGUGGCACAGCCUGGAGGAGGCCGGCCUCCCAGAUCCUCACUCAGGCUUCGUCAGAGGCAGGGGACAUGCACCCCAAGGGCCUCUGCUUGGCCUGACCCUGCUGCAGGGACGCUCUGUCCCCAGUCCUCGCGGAGAUGGCUAGUUUGUGGAGGUCCUGCUUGCCCGGCUGCCUCCCCUCCCUCGUCCUCCUCCUCCAGCUGUCCUGCAGCUCCGCAGGUCAAUUCAGGGUCAUAGGACCAGGCCACGCCAUCCGGGCGCUAGUGGGGGAUGAGGCUGAGCUGCCAUGUCGCAUCUACCCUGGGAAGAACGCCACAGGCAUGGAGGUGGGUUGGUACCGGCCACCCUUCUCCAGGGUGGUCCAUCUCUACCGAAACGGCAAGGACCAGGAUGCAGAGCAGGCGCCCGAAUAUCGGGGACGGACCGAACUGCUGAAAGAAGCCAUGGGCGAGGGGAAGGUGACCCUCAGGAUCCGCAACGUGCGGUUUUCCGACGAAGGAGGGUUCACCUGCUUCUUCCGAGAUCAUUCCUACCAGGAGGAGGCGGCCAUGGAACUGAGAGUGGAAGACCCCUUCUACUGGAUCAACCCCGGCGUGCUGGUCCUUCUCGCCGUGCUCCCGGUGCUGCUGCUGCAGAUCGCCGCGGGCCUCGUCUACCUCUGCCUGCAGCACAGACUGAGAGGAAAGCUUCGAGCGGAGAUCGAGAACCUGCACAGGACGUUUGGUAAGUGCCAGGACCCGGUCAGUCCGGUGUCCGUGGGACCCAGUCAGCGGGGAAAUAAGAACCCUUGCUCCCAGUUGGCCUCCUGCCUCUUCCCUUCCCUUCCCUUUUCCUUUUUGAAUAAAUCACAGUGAGAUGUUGCCAGCAAGCACUCCUGUGACGCCUCUCCGUGCCAGGCACUGUACCGGUAGCCAGGCCAGUCGACCCCUGCAGCAAGGAGACCAAGGUGUCUGUGUGCAGAGAUUAUGGAGGGGAGGUACCCAGGCCCUCCCAGGCAUGCUGGCCAUCCAGUUGGGGACAUGACACCAAUGUCUCGGAGGACCGACUACUUAUGCAUCACUGAUGAAACCCACAUGGUAGAAGUGUCCUCAGGAGCACAGAACAAGUGACUCUAUGGGACUGAUCAGGGAAGGCUUCCUGGAGGAAGACACACCAAGCCCCUUUACAAUGUUGGCCCUUCAAGACUACAAUCCCUGUCCUUUUUGUUCACUGCAGAGUCCCCAGUGCUGAAGGACAGUGCCUGCAACAGAGGGGCACCCACAUCCCCGCUGGAUGGAUGUUGCAGAAAUUCUAAGAUGCCUUAACGCAGAGCACAGAGGGUCGGUCGCUGCCCUGAGCAGCCUUCCUGAACAAGGGGCACCUCCCUAGCACUUAGGACUCCCAUCAGCGUGCAGAGCACACACCCUGCAAAGGGAGGAAAGUGAUCUCUAUUUGGUGGAUUCAAAGCGAAGGUACCAUCUUUCGGUACCAUGAAUCUCCUGGGCAUUCUGGUGAAACCUAAUGGACCCUUCUCCAGAAUAAUGUUUUUAAAAGGGUCACAGAUAACACGUACAGUUGCUGAAAAAUCCACUGA